UGUAGAACCACGGAUGAAAUCUGUGUAUCGCAGCCGAACCCAAGUCGUGCAGAAGUGCAGAGAAAGAGAGAAAGAGGGAGGAAGGAGGAGUGCGCAGGGAGAAGAGGAACGUGUGACGGACUGUCUCCACACCUGUAAAGAUUAAUCGACUGCAGUCACUCUGUCCAUCUGUUGCUGGGAGCCUGUUAGAGAAUAAGGGAGAAAGAGUAACACACUCCCCUCUUCUUAGACCGAGGGAGGACAGCAGGAGGGCGUGUACCCGUGGAACGGAGAGAGAGAAAGAGAGAGAGAGGGAAGGAGAGAGUGUUAACGAGCAGCUCACAUAUACUUCUCUUAGGAAGGCGGGAUUGAGGGGGGCGAUAAAAACAUUUACGGAGGCGUGAGAGAGAGACACGCUGGAGGUCUCUGUCCUCUCCCUUGAGCUCGUCUGUGUGUGAACGUGAACGUGUGUGUGUGUGAGAGAGAAGGCAGGUGUGAAGUUAAUGGGACAGUAAGUAAUGCAUUCCAAGCAGUGUCAGCGGGAUGGCAGUAGGGGGCGCUGUGUCCCUCUUCCUCCUCUCCUCCUCUCUCUUCUCCUCCUCUCCCUCGCUCUGGGACCAGGCCGAGCGGUCAUUCACUUUCCCCCAAACUAUGAAAUGCCCGAGAUUCUCCAGCCCCCAAUGAUCUCAGGUCAGCCGCUGCCCACACUGGCCUACUAUGCAGAUGACGUCACUCUCACCUGUGAGGCCUCUGGGUUUCCAACACCCACAUUUCGCUGGGUAAAAGAUGGGUUGGAGUUUGACCCCAGCAAGGACCCUGCCCUCUCCGUGACGCCAGGUUCUGGAACUUUCUCUGUGACGUCUAGCUAUAGCACUAUCAGCGAGUACCAGGGCAACUACAGCUGCUAUGCCUCAAAUACCCUCGGCACUUCAAUCUCAAACCAGGUUCAGCUAAUCACAGAAAAUAUCCCCAUUUUGCAGAAGGAAAAGCUCAUCUCGAAGAAGGUGACAGAGGGGGAGAGUGCUGUCCUCACUUGCAACCCCCCCUACAGCUCGGAGCCCCCACUUAUCCACUGGAUGGAUAACAGGCUAAGGCACAUCAAGCAGAGUGACCGUGUGAUCCAGGGCCGGGAUGGAAACCUCUACUUCUCCAACGUGAUCCUGGACGACAGUCGCAGUGACUACAGCUGCCACGCCCAGUACAUCACAGCCCGUACCAUUCUGCCUAAAGAGCCUGUCGUCCUCACCGUCUCGCCCUCGAACACGGUGGUUCGUAACAGGAAGCCACAUAUGGUCCGGCCCCCUGGCAGCCGCAGCUUUUAUUUGGCCCUCAAGGGCCGCCCCUUUGAGCUGGAAUGCAUCCCACACGGACUGCCCACUCCCUCCAUUCAGUGGGUGAGGAAGGAUGCAGAGUUGUCUGAGACUCGCACCUCCAUUCAGAGCUUCGACAGAGUGCUGCACUUCAGCAACAUGUCGGAGGCAGACGGCGGGGAGUACCAGUGUCUGGCCAGAAACAGCCUGGGCAUGGCCGCACACACGUACACUAUCAAAGUGGAGGCGGCUCCGUACUGGACCCAGCGACCGGAGAGCGAUCUGUACAUGCCUGAGGACACGGUGAAUCUGGUCUGUGAGGCUGAAGGCAACCCCCCGCCCAACGUCACCUGGAGCAUGAACGGGACCCCCCUCUCAGAUGUUGACCCAGACCCCAGGCGCAGUGUACAGGGUGGGACUCUGAUCCUAAAGGAUGUAAAACUCAGUGACACUGCAGUGUUCCAGUGUGAGGCCUCCAACAGCCAUGGCAGCAUCCUGGUCAAUGUCUACGUCUAUGUCCUCGAGGUUCCCCCUCAGAUUCUGACAGAUGACAUACAGACAUACAGAGUCACGGAAGGACAGACUGCCUCGCUGGACUGCAAAACAUUUGGCUCCCCCAAACCCAAGCUGAAAUGGGACAGCGACCCAACCACAAUGAUGUCUGACCCCAGGGUGUCUUUGCUCAACACUGGAGCCCUGCAGAUCACAAAUGUGACCCAUGAUGACUCUGGCUCUUUCACCUGCUCCGUCCAAGACACCGACCUCUCUAUCAGCGCCUUGCUGGAAGUGCUGAAUAGGACCAUGAUCGUGACUCCGCCCCAGGCCUUGCGCGUCCAGCGCGGGCAUGAUGCGGUCCUAAACUGCCAGGCCCUGGUGGACGCUAACCUCGACCCACCAAUGUUUCAGUGGAGAAUGGACAGACAGAAGCUCUUUCCUUCCCUCACUGAAGAAAAGUACACAUUUAAAGAUCAUACCCUCACAGUGAACGAUGUUCAGCGGGACGAUGCAGGUGAUUACAGCUGUGAGGUCAUGACAUCUCUGGACUCCGUAGAGGCCACCGGCUCCAUCACUGUCAUCGACCAACCGGACCCCCCCUCGGCCCUAGACCUCCUGGAAAAGCACGACCGCAGCGUACUGCUGAGCUGGACCCCUGGAGAAGACAACGACAGCCCCAUACAAGAGAUUGUGGUGGAGUUGGAGGAGCAGAUGUUUGGGGCUGGUAAAUGGGAAGAGGCGAUGCAGGUCGCAGGGGAUGUAGACAAGGCUGAGGUCACGUUGCGACCCUUUGGCACCUACCACUUCCGGGUCGUUGCUGUCAAUGAAGUGGGGAGGAGCCACCCCAGUGAGGUCUCUGAAGCACAUACCACGCCCCCUGCUGCUCCAGAGAGUAACCCCAAGGGAGUGCAGAGCAAGUCAACUGAGCCUGAUGAACUGGUGAUCACGUGGGAGGAAAUGGAGAAGAAGGACUUCUUUGGGUCUGAGUUUCAGUACAAAGUGAUGUGGAGGAAGGCAGGCAGCCAUCAGGACUCUCAGUGGGAACACAGAAUGGCUAUCACCCCUCCCCUCACUGUUUCCAAUGCUGGAGCCUUCACAGCCUAUCAGAUUAAAGUUCAGGCGAUCAAUGAAAAGGGGGAUGGGCCAGAGCCCAGCCCUGUCAUUGGACACUCUGGAGAAGAUUUUCCUCUGGAGCCCCCUAUGGAUGUUGGGGUGAUUCUUUUAAACAGCACUACUGUGAGAGUGAAGUGGGCCCCCAUAGAUCAGGAGUCAGUGCGAGGUCGUCUCCACGGAUACACGGUGCACCUGUAUAAAGGUCACACGGGGAGGGGGCGCAGGGGGGAAGACGAGACCAUUUUGGUGGUGCAGACGCGGCCCAACGAGGAGACCAAGCUGUUGGAGGGGCUGCAACCCUUCUCUCCCUACCGUGUCACCGUCGCCGUCUUCAACAGCAAGGGGGAGGGGCCGCACUCCGACCCCUUAGCUUUCUACACGCUGGAGGGAGUGCCCAGUAAGCCCACGUCUCUGAGGCUCGACAGCCCGUCAGAGAGAGAGAUGACCCUGCACUGGACUCCGCCUGCUCAGGUCAACGGCAUUCUGACUGGAUACCAGCUGCAGUACCAUGAGAUUGGCGAGGGCAGGGAUAACCAUCAUGUGGUGAAAAUAGACCCGACAGCUUCUCACUUCAGCGUGGGGGACCUGGACCCCCACAGCCACUAUGUCUUCUCCCUGCGUGGCAGCACCUCAGCUGGGGAAGGGGAUGCCAUCGUCAAGGAGGGCGCCACCUUGCUGGAGGGAGUCCCUCCAACCAACAUCAACACGUCCAUCGGAGAGAUGUCAGUCAACGUAAGCUGGGUGGCAGGAGCACGCUACAGAAACGCGGUGUUCCACAUCUUCCACAAAAAAGUUGGCGAUGCAGAGUGGAUUGACUCAGUGGAGCUGAACACCACUCAGUCGGUCUAUGAGCUGCAGAACCUAGACCCUGGCUCAGAGUACCAGCUUCAUUUCGUGUUCAAUGAGAGCAAGUUCUGGGAAGUGAAGAUCGUGACGAAUGGAGAGAACAAGGACGGCGGGAAGUGGAGGCCAUCGAGGGGCUUUGCCACAGAGGGCUGGUUUAUUGGGGUAAUCAGCGCCCUUGUGCUGCUGCUUCUGGUACUGCUCAUCCUCUGUUCUGUCAAACGGAGCAAGGGCGGCAAGUACUCAGUGAAGGACAAGGAAGCGGGCCAGGUGGACUCUGAGGCUCGGCCAAUGAAAGACGAUACCUUUGGAGAGUACAGGUCCUUGGAGAGUGACAAUGAGGAGAAGCAGACUGCCAGUCAGACAUCUCUGUGUGUGGCCAGUAAGGUGGGCAGCGAGGGGAACCUCAUGCAGUACGCACACGACGUGGGCGUAGACUCCCACAAUGACGCGUCCUUCGCCGAGCAAUACAGCGAAGAGGGGGCAGGGCCCGGGCCCGGGCCGGAGUCCCAGGACGCCCUGGGAGCCGGCUCCCCCGUCGCCUCCGUCAGCACACCCGCCGUCAGCCCUGGGGUCCCCAGCUCUGAAGUCCUGGCCUGAAUCCACCGCAGCCAGGCUAGCAGAACCGCCAGAAUAAAGACCACCUCCACAAGCACACGGAUGCCCUCCCCACUCCCUGCACGCCCACCACCUCCCUGCAGACGGCCCCUGCACACACACACACACGCUACGCACACGACCUGCUCGCACGCCAACACAUUCAAAUGCCCUGACACUAAAAUACCUCUCUCCACGCACCGACUCAACAGCUGACAUAACUGCACCUGCCCCAAACACAUGGAUCUGAUGGAGAGGACUGACGCAGAGUCGGACUGACACACCGUCAAAGACAUUCGUCAAACCCAUCCCAUCCUCUCGCAGUGACAGGCUGGUGCACACAAAGACCACAGCACACACUGACACUGCUGCCCCACCGACCGCAUAUGCACACACACACACACACACACACACACACGUGUGAAGUAUCUUACUAAUUGUUUACAGAUCUUGCCUGGCCUUGUUUGAGGUAGUUUACAGACGUACGAUGGCAAUGAGCCCGCGUAACUGUAUCUUCAUUGUGUCUGUUGAAGGAGAAAGGAGAGUGAUGUUGCUCAGCCUAUACACUGGGAGAAAUAACAGAUACGGGCAAUAGUAGCUAAGCCACAGCCUGCUAACGAGUGUAGAUGUACAGAACUGAGACCAAUGAGAUAAGGAGUGCAAAGUGCAAAGACAGAUCAUGAAAACAGAGACAAGGAACAGGAGCAUAGGCACCAGGAGAGUAGAAAUGGCACAGAGGAAAGACACGGAAGGAGAAUAAGAGCAGAGGCACCAGGAGCAGAACACAGCAGCUGGGACUGCGGCAAGAGGGGGAAGGAAGGAGGAAAAAGAGACAGCAGGAGAUUUGUUUUAAAGUGUCUUGAUCAUCACCGUCUGACAGGGAGAUGGGUGUUAGUGUAUUUGGCAUUGUAUUUCUAGUUAUUCUUCCAUAUUAUGAUUUUUUAUAUAUCAUAUAAUUAUUAUUUAUAUUCAAUAUGAUAUUCAACAUGGUCUGUUGGGUUUCCAGUGUGAUUCAUAGUUGACUAUUCAUAGUUGGAGUAUAAGGGUUUUUCUGUCACCACCAUGCUGUUCUAUGUUGUAUUUUCUCUGAAUUAAACAGCAUAUCCACUGAAGACUGACAGAAUCCUCAUGACUAAACACAACAGCAUGUUCUGUGCCGACUACCAGAUUUUAUAGAUCAUAAGAGAUUCCUGUGAAUUAAAAACAUCUGCAUGAUACUUCCUAUGUAUAUCAACCAUGUAGAAUACAUGCAUUCUAUGGCUGGGAAGUAAAUACUAGUUUCUGUUCCAAGUAUCCUACUUUGUGAAUUUCAGUGUGUUAUACGUGUACGGCGUGUGCCUGCGCAUGCGUGUGUGUAUGCUUUUGGGUGUGCGUGUGUGUGUGUGUGUAUGAGAGAGAGAUAAGAGUGAAAGAGGGAGAAGGAGAAGAGAGAGAUCUAAAAUAUCUCUCUGAAUGUAAAAAGAUUUUGUCAUUUAUUGGAGACAUUGUUUGAAAUAAAAUGUGUGGUUUUAUAAUUUAUUUCAAAACUGACACGAUAGUGGGGAGGUUUUAAUUUAAAAAAAUGUUUAUUCUGGUUCAGUGAUGGCCGUAGGAAAUCCCUAAUUUUUCUCAAUUGUUUCCAGUGAAUGUUAGUCGUGAGCUGGUUGUUUUAGAAAAUUAGGACAUAGUUGAAAUAUUGUCCACCCACUGGUAUUUUAGUGAUAGUAACUACAGUGUAAAUAUGAAAAAUAAAGCACACAUUGUAUGAAAUAUCGGUAGCUAUUGUCAUUUAGAAAUAUACGACAGCGAUUCAUCUCCUCACAUUGCUGUGAAGACGGGAAGUACAGCCAUUAUCCGAAGUUCAGUAACACAUGGUCUCCAGCAGGGGGAUUGCAGGCUCGAUUACCCGCAAAAAAUUGAGCAGUAACUAUGUUUUAUUUAAAGAGACCCACUUUCUGGGUUUUUAAAAAUAUUAUUUCAGUGUCAGUGGUGUAUGCUUUUGAUUGGCCCAGGUGUUUUUUUAAUGCAUAAUGAAGGAUAUUUCUAUAUUUUUUGAGAAGUUUCUGACAUCCUGCACUUUUUACAACGGCAGGUAUUGGGCACGCACAAUGGAAAUGAAUUACAAGUAAAUACACCAAUUCCAAAGCAGUAAUUAUAGCCUCCAGAGAUUGUAUGUAUAUUACUUGAUUAUUAUUAUUAUUUUUGUUAAGUUUGUUACUUUGGUUUACAGUAAUAAUUUUUGGUUUGUUUGGCUAACUUUAAAUUGGCCUUCUAUGCCUUCUUGGUGAUAUUUGUACUUUUGUAUUCUGGAGAUUAAUUGUAAUAUUCUUACAUUUUUAAGGUUGCCCAAGAUAGGAGUUUCUGCUCAUUAUUUUCAGUUGGUUAAUUAUUUCCUAAGGUGCAUGCUAACUGAGACCACUGUGCUCAAGGAAAGAAGUAUGAUAUUAAAACUGGUAAUUAUGUUUAUAGCUAUUAAACACCAUGAAUUAAUCUGUUUAUGUGUACAGCCUCAGGAAAAGUAACAUCCACCUACAAGCAUACACUAAAACAGAAAUAAUAUUUUUAAAUCCCAGAAUGUGGGGAUUUCAAUUCAAGUGAUUUAAACCAGACCACUGUCUGGUUUAAAUCACUAUAAACAGACACUGGUCUGAAAAAGCAUAAGAUUGGUUCAGCCUCUUAUAUUCAUAACACUUGCAUAGUCCUGCCACCCACGGGAUAGGACAUUUAAAGUUCUCAUUAAAGUAUGCUGCAUCUUUCACUCCUUCUCAUUAAGCUCCAUCCCCCCCAAAGUAAUGAGAUUUGUACAUGACUAGAUCCGUGUUACUGUCGGGGAGAGGGGAGCUGGUCAGGGCCCUGCUGGGGAAGACUGGCUGACUCUGAGGCACAAGGGGAGGGUUGUGAUUGUGGAGGGGGGUGCUGUGUGUAACUUCCUCCCUCUCUCCUCAUUCAUUUCCUUUUUUAUAUACAACAGAAAUCCCAAUAGAAAGCACAGUCAAAAUGUACAUAACAAUAUUGCUUAUAAUAACAGCUUCUAUGAAACAGAUGCAGGGGUGCAAUUACAGUGGUAAUGUGGUGGUUUGUCUGUGGGGUGGGGGGUGGUGCGGUUGGUGGUGAAAUGCCUUGUAGGGUGAGUUAUAUUGUACCUGCUUUUUGCAUAAGCCACUGUAAUGAAAUUAAACCAAUAAAUCCCCUGAAAUAUGCACAAGUCA